GGCUCGCGAUUGCUUUAGCAGGGAGGGCAGCAUCAUGUCGGACCGAGAGAGCGGUGAUGAACAGCAGGAUGGGCAAGCCAGAGCCAGUUCUCCAACAGAUUCUCACCACGGUGAACAAUACAGCACAGGAGAUGUAGAGGAGGAAACCACAAGCUCUGGUGGUGAGCAAGAGUUGGCGACACGGGUGGUGCAGAUACAACAGAAACGAUUCUAUCUGGACGUCAAGCAGAACAGACGGGGAAGGUUCAUCAAGAUUGCUGAGGUACCGGUAAAGGCUGGGGGGAAGAAGAGUAGGAUUCUAAUGAGUAUGUCAAUUGCCGCAGAAUUUCGGGACUACCUCUCAGAGUUUAGUGAACACUAUGCAAAGUUAGGUCCCCAAAGUCCUGAAAAUAUACCAGAAGACGGCAAGAUAAAGAGUGAGACAAUAGUUAAGGAUAACAGGCGAUACUACUUGGAUCUGAAGGAAAAUGAACGUGGACGAUUUCUGAGAGUGAGGCAGAUAUGGGUAGGUUUACAAAACGUAUCAACAGUCAUUCCACGAAAGAGUAAACAACAGAUAAUCGCCAUUCCCGCCCAGGGGCUGAUAGAAUUCAGAGACGCCCUCACAGACUUAUUACUUGACUUUGGAACAAGUGACCAGGAACAUCAACACCCCCUUCCUGAGUCUCGAUCAAUGCGUGUAGAAAAUAAGACAUUCUACUUCGAUGUGGGCUCAAACAGACGGGGUGUAUUCAUGCGUAUAUCAGAAGUUAGGAGCCACUUUCGCACUGCCAUAACCAUUCCAGAACGGUCUUGGGCCAAGUUUCGCGAUAUAAUGUGCGACUUCUCUGAUCAAGUGUCGAAAGUACAAGAGGACGAUAACUAACGUUGUCGAGGAUGGAUAGGGGAAAAGCAGGAAUUUGGAAAUGUGCUACGCGACGUUGCCACGUGUGCUGCGCAACGCCGCUAUAAGAUCGCGAUGACAUCAUCACGACGUGACUGUCGCCCUGUGAAGUUGUACAAGUAAUCGCCAACACUUGUUGAUAGAUGAUGCCGUUAGUGUGUGUUUCAGAAACAAACUGAAGGUCGGCCAUAGCUGAACAUUGGCGUGUUGACACGCCCUGCGUUGACGGCGCACAAGGAUUAUUCAUGAAAAACUGACAAAUACUCUUUAUUAUAUUGUAUAAUUAUUAUUAUUAAAAUUAUUUAAGUCGCGUCAAUGGAAGAUUAGGACAUCAGUUUUUUCUGAAUGAUCUCUUCGGUCGUUAAUGUCUGUUGAAGCCCGGUUAACAGCGUAAACUGGUCAAGUUGAUCACAUGAGCACAUGACUUUUUGACCUUGACCUUUUUAGAACUAUAAGUGAUACGGCACAUUUCCUUUUUACCGGCAAACUCUGUUGUUGCCUUGGGACAGAUUGUAAUACUUUGAACGAGGGAUUACUUCCUUGUAUUGUUAAUAAAGAUGUUGGGGAAAGGUUUUACCGUGUUAGGUCGUUACUUUCCCACACCUCUUGGUUUAUGUUUUUCCGGAAGUUUUCGCUCGUUUUGAAACCCACACAAUCUGUCUCCAGGUAAGAACAUGAUAAAAACAAACCUCAUUUUCAUGGACAUGAAAUGUUGGUUGCUAGGCAACAAAUCAAUUGUUACCAUAGCAACCAGUUGUUGUGGCAAUACUUGAUUGUUGCUAUGGCUUAGUUUUAUUUCUUCUACACACUUGACUUACACUUAAUUUGUGGAGAGUUUUAUCCAUGAUUGUUUAAAAGCAUAAAAAGUGGAUAGCGUUGAUUUGCUAGUUCAAAUAAAGUGGUUUAAUGUAGGUAAAGCUGAUGUAUAACACGAGUUAAAGAUAAGGAUUGUGCAAACACCUAGUUUGUUUAGAUAUGGUUAAUGUGUUCUGAAGUCACUAUAAUGCAUGUAUAUUCUGGCAAAUGUUACACACUUGUGGCACCCAUCUGUAUGGCUGUCAUGGAAACAGAAGUUAUAUGGUUGCCAUGGGAUGGUAACUUCAUGAUGGUUGCCAUGGAAAAAACGACCAUUGUGUGGUCUCAGUGGUAACCUUGACUUAGUUUGGUUGGCAUGGAAACCAAGGGAUUAUGGUUGCCAUAGAUGUAUAUGUUUGCCAAGGUAACAAUGAUUGGUAUAUGGCUGCCAGAGAGCCACAAGCGUCGUGUGUUGUAAUUGUAUUUUGACUUGAGUGGGUUUGAUCCACCCAGAGCUGGUGGUUAUUGGGCCUGUUUUCGAAUGGGUCGUGUUGUUAGUAUGGAUUUUGUUAGGUUAAGGCUUUUAAGGUUCAAAGUGCAGCGAUGUCCAGCAAUAUAUCUUCCCAAGUCUACUGUAGAAAUGUUUCUAAGAAUCGUAAAAUUGAUUAAAGAACUCUACAUUUUGUUCGAGCAACAUUUUUCAUUAAUUGGGAAUUUCAGAUUUUGAUCCAAGAAUGAGAAUGUGGUGAUUUUUUUCCCGGUUGCCACAUCAAGUCGACUGUUUUGUAUUAUUGUUUAUAGGCAUACCAGACAUUGAAUUUCUGAAAACAGCAACACGUUAUAGUAUUUGAAUAAAAUGGUUGUCGUCUCCUUGACGUCUGCUUCUGGUAUAUGUUCGAGCCAACAAUCAAUCCCAAAUGGAUCACUUCGGUAUAUAUUGUUUGACUUUCGCAGCCUUCUGUAUGUCCGUCUUAUUCAUGGAUGAAGGUUAUAGUUAUAAAUGCAUCCAACAGAUGGCGCUGUAGAUUUGCACUUGCUUGGAGAUUGAGGCAGUCGCGGAUGGCUGAUUGGUAAUGAAGAAAUGCCUGUCCCUAACACCCUCUGUACAGUAAUAUUGGAAAUAAAGAUUGUAGGGUCGUAUGUGAGAGAAUGUCCCAGAUUAUUGUGUAGUCGAAACCCAUAGUCAUGAGCUAACUUAAAUGAUACUGAGGGUAAUAGCAAAGUGUUUUAAAGUUGGAAUUCUCUUCUUCAAUUGCAAAAUCUGGUAAAUAAAGUACAAUAAACAUCUUUCUGGGUCAUUUCAUACCUGCUUUAUGUUGGGUGUUCUCCAUUAUUGAUAACCUCACCUUAUAUAUCUUUGCUGCUACUUAAGAGACCCCAGCCACUAUACCACUACGGCUCUGCGAACAUUUCGUCAAUUUCAAGAAGAAAAAUCCACUUUGGAAGCAUAGAUCUGAUUCCCCUCAGUUUUAUUUCGGUUUUAAGAAGUAAUUAUGCCUCUGUAGCAGAGUCCCGCUGUGAUUAACAUGAAUGUGCUUUGCUACCAUCAAAUGUGCCAGCUUUGCCUCCUGUGGAGUAAACAUCGCCUACCAUUGAAAUACAAAAGACCGUGUUCUUUAAAAAUUUACUUUUUAGUGAUAAAAGAUACCCCUAAACUGUCCUUUGCAGAUAUUUUGAGGGAUUACGAAGUUACCCCUCAGGUAGCAAAGUUGGCCAUACCAUUCUCUAUUUAGAUAAACAAAUGUCAGUUAUGGAUACUUAGAGAGUCUGAUACUAUCAAAGGACCUAGUGCAAUUUUAACAUUUUAAGAGUCUGAUUCAGAUUCUUAAACUCUUGUUAUUUAACUAUAGUUGUUGAGGAUUGUAGUUAGAUGCCUAGACUUGGUUGCUUUAGCCAGAGAGGUGAUAUGGCCGAUAUCUACGAUUUUGUCAAUUUUAAGCGGUCAAUGACAGAAAGUGUGAAAAUUCAGCCAAUCAGUGUACACCAUUUUCUGUGCAAGUGAUUGGUCAAGUUUCAUCAGCAGCUUACUAACGUAUUCUUUGGUUGGUUUUGAAGAGCUGUAAUAUUCUUCUGGAUUCAAGUCCUGAUAUCGGUCGUAUGGAUGUCGGUGGCUUGGUAACCUAGCCUAUUAGAUACCAUGUGCUAGUAGCAUUGUGUAGACGGGAUCUUAACACUUGCUACAGCUUCAAGCUCGUUUAUGUCUUGAAUGGGGGGAAUCAUGAAAAAAAAUCACCAGACAUGAAGUGUAACAAGCAUUAUCAUUGGUCAAUACUAGCAUUUGGACAAGAAUCAACCAAUCGUGAACCCUGUUGCAAAUUGUCGGGUCAUUUUCAUGUGUCUUUUCGUUUAUGUUUACCACCUAUAAAUAAAUGGUAUCGAAAUUUUUCACGAUGGAAAUUUUUAGGACUUUUUGAUAUAUGCAAACUGUGCAGCUUGACAUCUUGCGUUCAGCAAUAAAGUUAUCCCGGUACUGUGAAAUCUGUCAAAGUGCUCUCUUAACCUUUGUGGGGGUUGUACUUGUGCCCCGGUGAAACAUCACAAGUUCAAAUAUUUUCAGUUAGUCUCGCUAUCUGAUAGUGCAAUCUGACAUGAGUGCAUGUUGCCUCUGUGGGCCCAAGUUUGACCUCGGGCCUUCUAAGGGAAAGAGUUACAGCACAUCCCAACAUUCAAUUCAAGCCAUUUUAAAUCAUCGAAGCUGUGCUUCUGAUGAAACAUGUGUUGUCGCCACAAAGUUGAAUGCCGUUUGACAGUAAUGCAGUACGCGGAUAAGUCCCCUCUAAGCCUGGCAGGAUUUCCAGGCUCGUGUAUAGACACUUAUUUUUUUACCAAGGGAAUUGCUAAUAUCAUCGCUUUUGGUUGGCUGGGUUAAAAAGGAAAGUGUCGAGUUUCUCACUUCGCCUACUUACUGUAAAACCGGCCGGGAGCUACUAUGACUGCUGCCUUGAAAGUUGUCUCCUGGUUGAAUUUACAGAAUUUCCGAAGUUGUCAGCAGCGCUUAUAACAUGUCUCAUCAGCAAGCAAGCUGCGUUUUGCAAAUUUCCAAUGGCCCCCGGUUGACCCAAAGAUAAUCCGAGUGAAAUAAGUGACACGUUCGACCUCUUAAAAUAUAGUCUGUUCCCCGAUUUCUGAAAUCCGUAAAGAGCGGUCAAAGCGGUAAGGUGAUUGUGAAGUUUGUUUUCAAAAUAGAGCUGAAAAUGUUCAGUUUCAGUGGAAGGAAAGCGGGGAAUGGGUCACAUUUUAUGUUGAAGUUGGAUUUCAGAGCAAGUAUGACCUGGUCUGUGAAACCUGUUGUCUGCGACAUGACAGUUAUAAUACCGUGCUGCGAGGUCUGUGGGGGAAAAUGGGAGUUGUGUCCGUUCAUCCUAAGUAAUGUGCAAAUCUAUUGCAAGUUCUGGGGUUGAAGUUCCACUUUGAGGUCGAGAUAUUCCAUCAUUCUCUUGUGGGUAAUGGAGAGAAAAAGUCCCAAUGCGGAAAAUAGCAAGGAAACUGUCCCAUGGUGAAUUUCAAGCCCAGAUAGUUGUCCAUAUUGAAAUAUCGGAGACAAGAGCGUUAAUUUUUUUAUUCGGAAUUAACCCUUCUCUGUCAUGUCUUACAUAAUUUAAAAGUUUUCAAGAAAUUUAUAAAUUUUCCCGGUUUCUUUUCUUAUAUUGCUCUGGUCAGACAGACAGUCGAGUCAGUUAAGAACUAGCUUGCCUCUGUCUGUUCAUUUUGUUGUAUUUAAUACUGUCUUUGUUAGGCACAUAUAUUUUUAUGAAGAAAAAAAUCAGGAUAAGGAAAGACCUACAGAGAGACACGCAUUAUUUGUAAGAUAAUCAAAUCUGUGACCAAAUGAUAUGAAACUAAUUUGGACUUGGUUACAUUUGCCAAGCUUAUAUUGCAAUAUUUCUCCAGUGCUAUCAACACAGAGUCCCAUUUCAUGCCACUGGUGGUUGCUUAAAGCCAGCUUGGUAAAGCCAUGAUGGGUGGUCUUUAUUCCACCUGAAAUACAACAGGAUUUAGUUGAUUCACAUGAACUGUAUACGUCAUGGCACCUCCGACCGUAGUGAAGUGGUUAACUUCUACAUACAGUUGUGGCUGAUUUUAGCAGACAUGCUGUAAUAAAUUACUGUGAAAUUAGUCGGGGACCACCGAAAAGUCGUGACGGCACCUGCUGUGUUUUGCAGUGAAUCGCUGUCUUUUUCAUUUAUCUUCUUGAGCUCCCAAAGCAAAUAAUGUUUUAUUUCUCAUGAAUUAGUAGAAAAUUAGGUGAAUAAAGUUUCGCAGAAUGCUGUCUUAACCCUUCAAUCUUAGAAGUAAUGUUUACAAAGUCUUUUGUAAUAAAAAAAAUUAGGACAGUCUUUCGGUUGCAUGUUCAAAAGUUUACUAAUAAACGAAAUUCGGUUAUCAUCUUGUUAAGGCUAUUAAAAUUUUAUUGUCAGUACUAAAUAGUAUGUUAUAAUUUAGUACAACAAAGGAACACUACGGUAUCAUUUGCAGCUUUGACCGCACAAACACUACCCGUCAUACCCUCCAUGUCUCAAUAAACUUGAUGGAAAAUUGUGAAAAUCUGAAGUUUCUUGUAAAUCUAUCAAAAUUGAUAACUGACAUUGAACUAUCUUAACAUUAUACCUGUCAUGCAGCUGAUUUAACAAUAAGUUGUUUUGAUCAGAAAUACCUUGACAAAAAACAACUGAACUGAAAAAUAUGUUGUACAUUUUUAAGCUAACCUCUUCAGAAUUACUGCAGAUGACUUUAUUUCAACCAAAGUUUUACAUCAAAUUCAAAUUUCUCAAUUUUCAGCAAAGUUUUUUGUCUGUACCAAAGGUGUUAACCUUGAAACAUAUCUUUAAUUCAUUGUAGAUAUUUAAUUUGGUUUGUGGUGUCUUUGUUUCUAUUCCACUCCCAGGAUUCGAGUAAAAGGCCUGCUCGGAAACCGCUGUCGUCCCUGCUACAGAUGGACAGGGUAGCCAGAAUAGUUUGCGUCUUGUAGUUGAAAGGCGAACGGAACUGAAAGGAUUACCUUUCACCCUUCUGGACAAAUGAUUCUGGCAAAUCUAUUGUGGCUAGUAACCAGUAUAUGAAUUAAAAUCCGUAACUCAGAAGUUCAUUUGGUCCCGAGGAAUUACAUUGUUUCCAUUCAGGUGUGGACCUGACCGGUGGCUGGGUCUUUGAGACUGGCUCUAUUCCCGUUCAUACUGUUAUUUUUUUGCUUGGUUGUCUUUUAUUUAAGAAAAGCGACAGAACUUGUGUAAUGAUUUUAUGUUUUAUGUUGUGUUUUUAUGACAUUGAGCUAUUUCUGUUAUGUCACAUAUAGUUAAUUUUACUUCUUAUAAUAUUGUUUCCGCAAGAUAGGACUUCAAUUCAAGUUUGUCAGAGAAGUUGUAUAUUUCAGAUAGAACGUGUAUUUGAUAUACAGGGUUUUCUAGUUAUCUUGAUUAAAGUUUAAGUCCUAGCCCCAUAUGACAGGCUGCACUAUUAAACAUUUGUAGACGGGCAUUUUUUGAUAACCAUAUCAAGUUCUCCGAGUACGAGUACUUCGAAAUUAGAGCAAAUGAGAACAGUGACAGCAUUUUUAGUUUUUCAGUAAAAAAUUAGAUCUUUCUGUCUGUCCCAAAGGUUUAGGCGUCAGCUCACCUGAAAUAAUGCAGCUUUAUGUGUGCAAAUGUUACAAGAAAUGCACUCGAUUUGUCUUGCGUCUGUGACAUGAUCAGGGGAACUGGGUAGCUUGAACCAACAGGACCAGGGCAAGAUAAUGACCCAUAGGGUCUAUCUGCGGGAACGUUUAAAUUUUUUGGUUUCUGUCACAUUUUUUCAGAAUUUAUCUUCCUCUCCAAUGUAGGGCACUGUUUUAUAGCAGCAGGCUUACGCUUCUGUUAGAAGCAGUCAGUCCAGAUGCGGAUCGAUACGGCUUCAUUCUGGAGUUUCCCCAAGUCCUUGUCGUCAUGCCUUCUUCAUGCCAUGGUGAUGCACGAUAUCUAAUCAUCAAGAAGUGUUUCUUUUUAAGUUGAACAGGCUGUUAUGGAAUGCAUGACUUAGUUAUGUGAUUUCCAGCUUCUUCAGUGGAACAUCUUUUGGUGUGUUCGUCAUACAAUCAAUCCUCAGUGUGCUGGACCUCGAAUCCAAACACUCGAGCCAAACCUUGAAAUAUUAUUUUCAUCAAUUUUUCUUUUUCUGCACACAGCACUGGCAAAUUCCGUUUACAUUGAUUAGAAAGUGUGUGUCAUCCUGUCUUGAUCUGGGAUCGACACUGGGAUGAAGGACGUCCCCAGAAUGUCGUUGCUCCGACCUGAUAAAGCAGCUCUGUAUUUUGUACAUUAGUGUUCUAGAGGUGUAUCAAGUGUGACGGUUGUAUUUGUAUGCUGAUCCUACCAUCAUCACAAUACAUUGUUCUCAAAACUUUGUUGUGCAAAUUAUUAAAAUAUAUAAAUCUUAUUGUAAAAAAGAGGA